CUCUCCACAGGGCUGAAUUCUACCAUGUUGAGAGGAGUCACCCACGGUGCGCAAGAUAUAUUUACUCUUCUGUUGGCAAGAUCUCAGUACUGUAACCUGGGUCUGAAUUUUUCAUCGGUAUGGACUGAAGUAGCAAAGAGAAGCUUCCUAAUACGUUCCACUUACACAACUGAUGCAAAAGCAAGAGAGGAAAAUAAAAAAACCAUUGAGAGUCUCUACAGAUUGUCAGUUGACAUCAAGAAAAUACGCAGGCUAAAGGAAUGGGUCCUUCUCCAGGAUGUGGCCUAUGUUAAAGAAAUUGCUGGUAUCUUGCAAGAAAUGGGAGCGGAUGAGACUGCUGUAGCCAACAUUUUAGAGCGCUGCCCAGAGGCAAUUCUCCAUACGCCUGCAGAGAUAGACUCUCAAAGAGCUCUAUGGCAAUUAGUAUGCCAGAAUGAAAAACAGUUGAUUAAAUUAAUAGAGCAAUUUCCAGAGUCUUUUUUUACUACUAAAUAUUAUGAGAACCAGAAGGCAAAUAUACUGUUUUUUCAAGAGUUGGGACUUAAGAAUAAUAUAAUCACCAGGCUUUUGACAAGCGCACCCAAUAUUUUCUAUAAUCCUGUUGAGAAAAACAAAAACUUGAUAGAGACAUUACAAAGAAAUUAUUUGAGUUUAGGAGGUUCUGAGGCAAAUAUGAAGAUCUGGAUACUGAAGCUUUUGAGCCAAAAUCCAUUUGUUUUAUUAAAUACCUCGACCGCAAUCCAGGAGAACUUGGAAUUUCUCCAGAAGAAUGAUUUCACCGACCAUGAAGUUCUACAGCUGCUGUCCAAACUUAAAGGUUUCAUUUUUCAACUUACUCCAGCUACUAUGCAGAAGAGUAUGCUUUUUUCCCAAAACGUCUUCAAGUGCAGUGAUCAAGAAUUAAAACAGCUAGUGCUGAAAUGCCCAGCCCUUCUCUACUAUUCUGUUCCAGUUUUGGAAGAGAGACUUGAAGGACUGCUGAAGGAAGGAAUUUCUGUAGCACAGAUUAGAGAGACACCAAUGGUGCUGGAGCUGACAACGCAAAUCGUUCAGUACCGAAUUAAAAAACUCUCUGCUUUGGGAUAUGAUCUAAAGAGUGGGACUCUAGAAAGCUUGGAUGGUACUAAGAAAGAUUUUGAAGUCAAUUAUGGCAAGAUACAAUCAAAGAAGGAGAGACCCAUUUUUAAUCCUGUUGCUCCUGUACACAUCGAAGAUUAA